AUGUCUCUGUUUUGGGAGGACUACAACUGGGACGACGUCCAGCCAGUCUUUGAAGACAAUAGUUCGGGAAAAUUAGCGGCUAUUGCGUAUAGCGACGAAUAUAAAAAGGCAAUGGGGUACCUAAGGGCCGUAAUGGGUGCGGGGGAACACAGCGAGCGAGCUCUGGCUCUGACGAAACAAAUCAUAGCAGACAACGCCGCACAUUAUUCUGUUUGGGACUACCGGCUGGAUAUUGUGAAAAAUAUUGGCAACGAUGUUUUUGAUUAUCGCAAAGUCGGACUUGUAAAAAGCCAUGCACCAACGAUAGGGGAGGACGGGGAAUGGCUGAACGAGCUCACGCUUGACACCCCCAAGAACUAUCAGAUCUGGAAUUAUCGCCAGCAUCUCGAGAUAAAAGACUGUCCGGAAUACUACAAUGGCGAAGUUGUUGCGGUAAAGUUCAUUCUCGAAGACGACCCUAAGAACUUCCAUGCAUGGUCACACCUCAAAUGGACUGUCUCUUCGUCAUUGAAAAACUGUUCAGCCCCUCUAUUACUGGAACCAUUACUGGAGUACACAAAUCAGCUGAUUCAAGAGGAUGUGUUCAAUAACUCGGCAUGGAGUUUCCGAUACUUUUUGUACCAGACCUGGCCAGUGCUUAAAUCCGCGGAAACUCUGGACAAAGAAAUACUUUUUGUGGAAGAAAAGAUCGCAAUGGACCCUAUGAACGAAUCUCCCUGGCCAUAUUUGAAAGCUGUGUGCAACGAGUUCUCGCCAAACGCCUUGUCGACACUGAGAAGCGUUGCCAUCAAGUUUCCAGAUAAUGCAAGAGCCUUGGAAGCUGUGGCCGAAACCAGCCCGGCCGAAGAGCAAGCGGCAUACUGUCAAAAGCUCUGUGAGCUUGAAAACUUUAGGGCCAAUUACUGGAGAUACAAGUUCAAAUGCUAG